CCAUCGACCGCCACCUCACCGUAUCCUUUACUAGAACUCUUCGGACGGCUUGAAGGCAACACAUAUCCAUCUUACGGGACUCUGAGAUAGUCUCGCGUGUGUAAUUUGCAGGAUUUCGAUCUAUUUUUUUCCUUCAAUAAAUUACUACGGUAAUAAAUAUAACGAGCCAGACGGCAGCAUUGUAUCAUGGCCAACAAGGAUAAGGCCAUGAAGGACAAUGGUCGUGGCGCUGCAGGUCCCUCAGGCCAGAAAACUCCUAGGAAGGUGCAAUGGUCGGAUAACCGCGACAAGGGAGAGACCCAUGCUCUCGAUGAGCAUGCUCGGGACCCCGACGCCUUUGAGCAUCUUACCCACGCUCUUGAGCGACACCGCUCCGAGUCGCGAGUUGAGGACCGACCGCCGCCUGUACCACGGAUCCAUUAUUUUCCACCCCGACCCCAGAAUCUUCCCCCCGUGGACACCGGGAUGACACCUUAUCAGCGUGAGGCUGCUCAUACCAGAAAUUUUUCUACCACCACCACGCCUUCUGAUAUCUCCCCGACAACUGCAAAGGUCAACUACCAUGACGUUCCCGGGACUUUCAUUGACAAGGACGAGAGCUCCGGCCUUCCUGGGCCUGUAGACAAAGACUACCGCGAGGCAGCUAACAUCGUUCGCGCCCACACACGUGCUCGGGGCCGUGGUCGUAAUCUUUUCCUCAAUCUAAAGUCCCGGCAGAAGAGCAAGAGCAGGGAACGGAGCACUGAGCGUAAAGAUACCGAUGCAGAACGCGAUGCAGCCCCAAAGAAUCCACGUCUGACUGGUGCAGGUGGAGGUGUUCUUUCUGCCCUCUUGACCCUUUAUAAUCAACCAGAAGGUCUAUUAUCUGGAGCAGCGACGCCUAUAUCGGAGCAUCCAGAGAGACCAUGGUCAUCCGAGGCGGCCCGGAUGGGCAGCGAUUCUUCUAUCUCUCUUGCUUCAAGGCCGUCUUCUCCGAAGGAGAAGGAAUUUCUCUUGAAACGUGCAGCGUCGAUGUCUUCUGUGACCUCUUUUUCUUUUGGAAGCCGCCCGAAGCCUCGUCCUGGCGGAGGCGUCUUGGGUUCGCUGAUUGCCAGUACUGGAAACAUUGCUGGCCCCGCAGCUCCUACGGCAAGCCAGAUUCAACCGGAUGUCAAGCGCCCCGGUUAUCAUUUGUCUAGGUAUUCCCUGGAGAGCAAGCUCCCAACUGUAAAGCAGCAGCACCAUGACAAAGACAAAGCCGGUUCACAGCGGCGCAGUAUCGAGAUGCUUCCCUUUCGGCCGAAAUCAGAGAAUCUCGAGCAUUUCUCCUCUUUUUCACCUUCAUUUGCCAACAGUCCUUCGAACGAAACGCUCACUACACUUACCGAAACUCAUCAUCAUGACAAGACCCAUGAAAAGAUGCCCUCUACCUCGUCUCUGAAGAAUAAAUGGUCUGGGAUGCUCAAGGACUUCCCGAGUCCAGUGAAGAACUUUGGACGGACACCCGCCCAGACCCCUGUGACGACCCCAACUACCGAGGGAGAGGACGACUAUUUCUCAGCUGGAGACCGCGACAAGGAGAAGCGCCGCAGGAAACGCAAAGCCCGCGAGAUCUACAUCACUCGGCACGUCGCGGAGAUCAUGCAGCGCCAGGAAUUCAUCCUCAAGCUCGCGCGCGCGAUGAUGAUGUUCGCCGCUCCGACUCAUCGCCUGCAGAGUCAAAUCCAGGCCACCGGACGAGUGCUCGAUCUAGAGGUGUCGUGCAUGUACCUCCCGGACGUAAUGCUCAUCAGCUUCGACGACUCAUCCACCGGUACAAGUUCCAUCAAGUUUAUUAAGCAGGGUAGCGGGUUAGACCUAGACAAACUCCGCGACGCAUAUGAGCUGUACUGGAAGGUCAUCCACGACGACCUUGCCGUUAGCGAUGCUUCCGGCCAGCUUACGAAUCUCAUGCGCAAGAAGCAGAUUUAUCCGUGGUGGCAGCUCAUGCUCUUUGGCGGGAUGUGCUCCUCGUCGAUCUCCAUCGUCAGUUUUGGAGGGAGCUUUAUCGAUUCUGUUGCCGUAUUUCCACUCGGCAUGCUCCUCGUUGGGAUCCAGCUCCUGAGUGUCCGGAACGAGCUAUAUUCCAACGUUUUUGAAAUCACGGUAUCGAUGCUUUUCAGUUUCAUUGCUGCGGGUAUGGCAGCCUCACAGAAGCUUUGCUACUCGGCGAUAGCCUCCGGCUCCGUAGUACUUAUCCUUCCCGGUUUCAUUGUUCUAUGCGGCUCGCUAGAGCUUAUGUCGCGCAACCUCGUUGCUGGAUCGGUGCGGAUGUUUUACGCGGUGAUUUACUCUUUGUUCCUCGGGUUCGGGUUGUCGAUAGGAGCAGAGGCAUACGAGAAGAUCACUAGCCAUUCUGUUGUCGGUGUCACUGACUACAAGUGCGCGCUGAGCCACGAUCCUGAGGGCCCGUGGUGGCAGCGUACGCCGAGUGGGUACUGGUAUUUCUUGAUUGUGCCGAUGUUUGCGUCGGGUUUGUGCUUGAGGAACUACAUGCCGUGGAAUCGGAGAGAAAUGUUCCUUGCUGUUGUGAUUGCAUCCGUUGGAUGGGUGUCCAACCAUUUUACAUCUACCAAGUUUGUCAAUCAGGGCGACAUAAGCGCAGCAGUUGGUGCAUUCGCUGUCGGAUUCGUGGCCAACUUGUACGGACGUUUCUUCUCGGGAAAUGCCUUCGUGAUUAUGAUUGCUGGUAUCCUUUUCCAAGUUCCGUCUGGUUUCGGAAACGGUGGUCUCUUGACCUUCGUGUCAGAGCAAUCGUCCGGAUCCUCCACCUCCUACCUAUCUGGUUUCCAGACCGCGCUCCAGAUUAUUUCGGUGGCGAUUGGGCUGACGGUCGGACUAGGCCUGGCGCUGUUCGUCGUGCACCCCAUUCAAAGUCGCCGAAGGGGCGGUGCGGUAUUCAGUCUUUGAUCUCUUGCUUUGUCGUCUCAUGCACUCGCUUUCCUCUGGUUCCUGUGGCUAACAUUUGUACCUACUUAUCCAUCGACACUGACAUCUUGGACUUAUAUAACACAUCAAUAACUUAGACGUACACUCAUACUUACUGACACACGAUUCGUAUCUUAGAAAAUCUCUGUAUUCAUAUUUCAAGUUCCCUCUGUACUACAAUGUAUAACCACCAUAUCUAUAGAAAGUACUACUACCACCGGACACUUUCCAGUGCAUAGACUAGGUAGAAGUGACACUGUAACAAAGUCAGCCAAAUUUUUCUCGCCUACCCGCUCAUCGGUCAACGCUGUAACCAACCACUGCAAAGUUCUCUCCGUAAAAGCGGACACAACGAGAACGAGAACGAGACCGUUGCCCUGCUAGUAGUGACAAUAAAGCGACCGUGAUGAUCACUG